AUGAAGACGGUUUCCGGUCUACGUUGGGUGCGCAUUGGAGGAGGUGAGGCGCUGGCGGCUUUCCUAAGUCCGGACGGGACGAUAUCGCCGCUCAGCGGGUGUGUGGCUAAAAUGGCUGUAAUGUCCGAUGGGGCACACGCUGCUCGAGUUCUGGUCUUGGCUCCCCCGAGGGAGUUCCUCGACUCGGAUCUGUCCAACUACGACUGGCUGGGAAGAUGGAAUCGGCUCCGUGUCUACCAUGGGCCCGAGGAGUCCAUGGAGCAUGAGAGUGCUUCUAAACAAGUGGAACGCCUACUCGCUGAAGGUCUGAGGGAGCAUGUGAAGGACGCGAACCCGUCAGUUGCCGGUUCGAUCCUGGAAGAAGCAUUUGGCAAGAAGCCAAGGGGGUGGCCGGAAAUGCAGCAUACUUCCGACGAGGACGCCGAGGGCACGAACCUGCAAGUGAUAGAUGUGCGGGACCUGGACGAAGAAGAGAGAGUGCAACUGCAAGUGAUAGAUGUGCGGGACCUGGACGAAGAAGAGAGAGUGCAACUGCUGACCGAAGUCCCGAAGGCGUGGAAAAGGAUCAUCAAGGACUCGGGGAACCAUCGUGAACUAGGCGGCGAAGAUCACCACGCCCGCCAAGACACGAGGUCGUGUCUGGAUGUGGUGGGUGGUGCUAGUCUUGGUGCUGUCUUAGGCGGCACAUUAAUACAGCGACCAAAAGUGCCUCUUGUCGCCUAA